AUGUCAGCUGCAGUAGGUGGUGCUACUGCCAGUCCCGCUUAUCUACGCAGUUCAUUACCAGAUAUGUCAAAGCCAGUAAAAAUAUACCCAUUAGAGCAUUUACAAACUACAAAUAAACAAUUGCCUGAAGACGUGGAUCGCCAGCAUUUGGAACGCCAUUUGGGUAGGGAUGAAUUUGACAAAUGUUUUGGUAUGACACCGAUAGAGUUUUACAAAUUACCAGAAUGGAAACGUAUAAACCUUAAAAGAAAGCACAAACUUUUUUGAAAAGAGAAAUUCUGAUUUUCUAAAGUUCUGAUUUUUUUCGGCCCAUUUUUCUGGUCUUUUUCAUGAGCCAAAAUUUUUAAUAGAAAUCAAAAAAAUUUAAUAGUACAUUCGAGUCUCUAUCUCUUUCCGAAUCUUUUUAAUUUAUCAAAAUUCCCCACUUAUCACGGCAUAUUUUUAAUUUAUCUUCGCUCUCGUUUAUCCCAAUCUCUUAUCCCAGGCGUGUUUUCUUCUCCCUGGUUU